AAAAAAUAUGGCUGAGGGGGCGAGAGCUGCGGUAAUGAUCAUGAUGAUGGCAAUGGCUGCAGCAACCCUUGUAUCGGUUGCAUCUGCAAUUCAAGGAACUGCUACGUUCUAUACUCCUCCUUAUGUCCCUUCAUCAUGCAAUGGAUUUCAAAACGAUGGAGUUAUGAUCGCGGCAGCGAGUGAUGCUAUAUGGAACAACAGGGCAGCAUGCAAUAAAAGGUACAGUGUGAGGUGCACCGGAGCCACCAACGCUGGCGUGCCACACCCUUGCCGGGGUGGCUCUAUUGUCGUAAAAAUUGUGGAUUACUGUCCUCCAGGGUGCCAGGGAACCUUUGACCUUUCUCAAGAGGCUUUUGCCAUGAUUGCUGACCCUAAUGCAGGCAAAAUCCAAAUCGAGUACACUGAGGUAUAAAUGGGGACAUAAAGACAAUGGAACUGCAAGCGACAAGCUGAUAAUAAUGAUAUCUAAAUAAACAGUCGAUUUGUAAUCUCUGCUGCUUAGAAAAUACUCAAAUAAG